GCAGGAUCACACACACUUACACACACACUCACACACUCCUGCUCAACAUGAGGACUGUACUGGCUCUGCUGCUGCUGCUAGCCUCCGUGCUACACACUGUGUGUUCUUGUACGGUGUGUGAAGGCGAGGCACUGAAAUGUCACACCUGCGUCGCCGUCAACCAGGAGGACUGCGACAGACAGGGGUCAUCGGUGUGUCCGGCUAAUGCUGAUGCAUGCUCCACCAUCAUCGGGCCCAACUCGGUGAUGAAGUCCUGCUCCUACAAGUCUUUCUGUGAGAAGGCCCACAUGAGCGUCGGGGGGGUGAAGCUGGAGUGCUGCUUCAACGACGACUGUAACGGACCUCACCGCGCCCACAGUCACGGCGAGCACAGCGGUGCUCACACGCUCGGCUACAGUGCCACCCUGCUGCUGGGCACACUACUUCUCAGAGCCCUGUAACCUCACACUAACCUCACACUAACCACACACACCUCACACACUAACACAGGUCACAUGACGAGCCGGUGAGGGACUGAUUCGUUAAACUUUUUAAACUGUUAAAGAUCCCGUUACAUUAAAACAUACUUAGCUAAUUAGCUAAUUAAGAGUAACCACAGUUUAGCCCAUCCCAUUUGUCUUACAGAUAUUUAGCCCCACCCAUAUAUUCUACAGCAGUUUAGCCCCUCCCAUAUAGCCUACAACAGUUCAGCCCCACCCAUUUUGCCUACAACAGUUAAACCCCACCCAUUUAUCCUAUCACAGUUUUACUUAAACCCUUAAUCAAUAACUUCAUUGAUUCAUAACUUAAUCAUUAUCGGAUUAGCCCCAUCCUACAGAUGAGUCUAUAGAUGUUUAGUCAUGAUUAGUCAUGACUCCUCCUAUUUAAUCAAUACAGGUUUAGCCCCACCCUACAGGCAAGCCUAUAGACGUUCAACUCUGUCUGUUUAGCUCAACCCAUUUGGUUUAAACACUUUUGCCCCACCCAUUUAGCCUUUAAGUUUAACUUAAACCCCUCCCAUUUAAUCAAUAUAUGAUUAGCCCCACCCUACAGAUGAGUCUAUAGACAUUUAAAUACUAUAGCCUACAGCAGUCUAGCCCCAUUUAUUUAGUAAAAAAAAUAGGUUUUUAUUUAUAGGCAUUAAUAAAGGUAAAUAAAAAAAAUACAGCAUAUAUUACAAGGAAUUAUGUGUUUCUUAAUCCACAUAUAUGUCAUGAGUUAACCUCAGGGAAAAUAAAUAAGAAGAAUAAAUAAAUGCAUGUAUAGGAUGUGCGUGUAGUGUAUGGGCCCUUUAAACUACUUCAUUCUCUACGUCCACAUCCCGAGGCUUACUGUUCAUUCAAAGCAAUGCACACUGACUCCACCCCAUUUAGAGGAAUGGAAAUCAGUUUAAGAGUUUAAGGGGUUAUUUAUUUAUAGGAUUAUAAUUCAGUUAUUCAUUUUACUUACUUGAUACUUACUGUAUUUAUUCAGAAACGAUGAUUGUACCUUUUAAGUUCUUUAGUUAAAUGACCCAAAAUAUACUUCAUGCAAGUAUGCAAACGCUGUAGGAACUCAAGCGUACAUUCUUGCAAUUCAAUACACAUGGGGGUGCUAGAGGACAAAUCCUAGUGUCAUGACUGUUGACUGGACAGUUAACACUGGUGAUGCAAGAUAGCUUCGUUGUUUGUUACUGUAGCGCCCCCUUGUGGCUCAGCUCAGAAUGCAGCUCGCACUUGUGUUGUAUUGUGAAAUUGGUUGACACAUUGUUUGUAGAAAAGCUCAAAGCAUUUGCGUUUAUGUCCUUGUGUGAAGUAUAUUUAAGGCCAAUUAGUGUUACAUUAUUAAGGUUAUCUAACUUAGAUACACUUUUGUACUUCUGACUGCAUAGACCACCUAGUUACCUGAACUUACUACUGCAUUAUGCUGUAUAUUUAAGGGAUGUCAGAAACUGGGAAAUUGUACUAUUUAUAAUGUUUCUUGAUUGGUACACAGAUUCACAAGUUUGCUAAAUGCAGCACCACACUCUUUGCUGUAUUAUUUAUAGAUAAAUAAAGCUAAAUAAAUCUAAAUAAAGCUGAUAA